AGAGUUUCGGCCCUUUUAUUCUUUUAACUUUUUUCAAUCUUUAUCGCUCCACUCUCUCAUCAACAUCAUAGAUCACUACUCAAAUCUUUCUCACAGAUCUCUGCUUUUUUUUCGCUAUUUUCUCUACUCUGAUAAUUGAUAAUUACACAUUGGAAAGGCUUCAAAAAUUAUUCUCCCAAAACCUUUCUGAAGAAAAGGAAAAGGAAGCUUCUGUACGACAGGGAAAAUAUUCUGCAUGACCUCUUGACAUUUCUACAAUGUCAGGGUUACUCAAUUCAUCUCUGAACGGGUCAGCUUCAAAUCUUCCUGACAACUCCGGACGCUCAUUUCCUUCAUCUUUCUCUCCUCAAUCGGGUGCAGCCUCCCCUCUUUAUCAUCACUCUGGAAGUAUUCAGGGCCUUCAUAACGUUCAUGGAAGUUUCAAUGUUCCUAACAUGCCGGGUACACUUGGUUCAAGAAACACGGCAAUAAAUAAUGUCCCUUCAAGUGGAGUACAACAAUCUGGGAAUAGCCUCUCUGGUGGUCGUUUUGCAUCAAAUAAUAUUCCUGUAGCCCUUUCACAGAUAUCCCAGGGAAGUUCUCAUGGUCAUUCUGGCAUGACAAGUAGAGGUGGUAUGAGUGUUGUUGGUAACCCGGGAUAUAGUAGUAACAAUAAUGGUGUUGGGGGUUCUAUUCCUGGGAUUCUUCCAACCUCUGCAGCAAUAGGUAAUCGAAGUUCUGUUCAAGGCCUUGGGAUGUCCACAAUUUUGGGAAACGCAGGUCCAAGGAUGUCAAAUUCAGUUGGAAAUAUAGUCGGUGGAGGCAACAUUGGGAGAAACAUCAGCUCUGGUGCAGGAUUGUCUGUGCCUGGUCUUGGUUCCAGACUAAAUUUGACUGCGAACACUGGUUCUGGAAAUUUAAAUGUUCAAGGAUCUAAUAGGCUAAUGGGUGGUGUUCUGCAGCAAGCCUCUCCGAUGUCUAUGUUUGGUAAUUCAUAUCCUACUGGCGGUGGUCCACUAUCUCAGAACCAUGUUCAAGCGGUUGGCAACCUUAAUUCCAUGGGAAUGCUGAAUGAUGUGAAUUCAAAUGAUGGAUCUCCAUUUGAUAUCAAUGAUUUCCCUCAGCUAAGCAGCCGUCCUAGUUCUGCUGGAGGGCCUCAAGGACAAUUAGGUUCAUUGCGAAAACAAAUUGCUCAGCAAAAUCAAGAAUUCAGCAUUCAAAAUGAAGAUUUUCCGGCCUUGCCAGGAUUCAAAGGUGGAAAUGCUGAUUAUGCUAUGGAUCUACACCAGAAAGAACAACUACAUGAUAAUACUAUUUCUAUGAUGCAGCAGCAGCACUUCUCUGCACAGAUGGGCAGAUCUGGUGGUUUUAACUUGGGAGGGACAUACUCAUCACUUCGCUCACAGCAGCAGCAGCAACAUGCCUCAUCGGUGAGUAAUAGUGGUCUCUCUUUUUCAAAUGUAAACAACCAGGAUCCGCUACAUUUACAUGGUUCAGAUGUCUUCCCGUCAUCACACUCCAGUUAUCACCAACAGUCUGGUGGACCUCCUGGUAUUGGGUUACGGCCUCUUAAUUCUCCAAGUACUGUUUCUGGUAUUGGCUCAUACGAUCAGCUUAUCCAGCAGUAUCAGCAACAGACUCAAUCUCAAUAUCGCCUGCCGCAUAUGUCCGCUAUAAGCCAGCCAUACAGGGAUCAGGGUAUGAAAUCCAUGCAGGCUCAAGCUGCUCCUGACCCUUUUGGUAUGCUUGGCUUGCUAAGUGUAAUAAGAAUGAGCGAUCCGGAUCUGACUUCUCUUGCACUUGGAAUCGAUCUUACGACUCUUGGAUUGAACUUGAACUCUGCUGAAAAUUUACACAAAACGUUUGGUUCCCCGUGGUCUGAUGAGCCUGCCAAGGGUGAUCCAGAAUUUACGGUACCACAAUGUUAUUAUGCCAAGCAACCACCUCCUCUAAAUCAAGCAUACUUUUCCAAGCUUCAGUUAGACACUUUGUUUUACAUUUUCUACAGCAUGCCAAAGGAUGAAGCACAAUUAUAUGCUGCUAAUGAAUUGUAUAACCGGGGGUGGUUUUACCACAGAGAACAUCGAUUGUGGUUUAUGAGGGUUGCCAACUUGGAGCCUCUUGUCAAAACCAACGCCUAUGAGAGAGGAUCUUAUAUUUGUUUUGAUCCAAACACAUGGGAGACAAUCCGCAAGGAUAAUUUCGUACUCCACUAUGAAAUGUUGGAAAAAAGACCUAUUCUACCUCAGCACUAACGAGAUUAUGUUCAGUUUACAGUGUACAUUUAUUCACAGAAUCCUUGUAGGAGUCAGCUAGUUCUCACCUGUAGUUUUCAGCUCUAUUGGGCUUUUUGGCAACCAGCCGUUGUUACUGUAUUGUUUCUCAGUUAUUAAUUUACCCCUUGUAUUUUAAGAUGCUGCAAGUCUAAACGAAAAAAAUAGGUUCAGUACAGUUCUCGCAUUAUCCCCCGUCAGCUUAACUUUUGCUGAUGCGAAUAACAUUUUUGGGAUUAUUUUAUAGAAAUGUAAGUGACUUGUUGUGAAA